AAGGCGACUCCUUCUUGGAUGCAACCAAUGCUGUGGUUUCCAGCUCCUCGUGCCCGGUUUGUAUAUUGUUUGGUUCCGUCGGCCCAGCUUUUGAAUUGCGAGUUUUGUGUGAGAAGGAGGGAUUUCGAUGAGCAGAGCGCAUGCGAUAAUACUCGCGUGCUGUCUGAAUCGACUUGAGUAACUGGAAAAUGGUUACUGACUUUCUAGUGUUCCAAGUCCGGAGCUCAUCCUCCUGUGCUUUUUGUUAGGCUUUCGAUUCUCCAGCAGUUUGUUCUCAAACAGUUUUUCAGACAUGGCGUUCCAUACCGCUGCUGCCAAUGAGUACUUGGUGGUCACGGGGGCGGGUAUCAAGGAUGUGAAGCUGAAGAAGAAGGGAUGGAUCUAUCCUGGUCAGAAGUUUUCAAGGUUCGACAUCAGUCCUGCCAACUACAAAUUCGAUGUGCACGCAAUGAGCUCCGAGAAGUUGCCGUUCAUCCUACCGGCAGUCUUCACCAUUGGUCCCAAGGACGACUCGGAAUCUCUGAUGAAAUAUGGCAAGCUCAUGUCGUCCCACGACAAAUCAGGGAAUCAUGUGGUCGAGCUUGUGAAGGGGAUCGUGGAAGGAGAGACUCGGGUGUUGGCAGCCGGUAUGACGAUGGAGGACAUUUUUCGUGGAACCAAGCAAUUCAAGGCUGAGGUUUUUGACAAGGUGCAAUUGGAGCUCAACCAAUUCGGUCUUCAUAUAUACAAUGCCAACAUCAAGCAGCUGGUGGACAUCCCAGGAGCCGAGUACUUCUCCUUCUUGGGGCAAAAGAUACAGCAAGGGGCUGCAAACCAGGCGAAGGUGGACGUGGCCGAGGCGAAGUACAAGGGUGACACUGGUGCCAAGGAGCGCGAAGGUCAGACCCUCAGGAAUGCUGCAAAAGUGAAUGCCGACACAGCAAUCUACGCCAAGUCUCAGGCUGGUGCGGCCAAGCAACAAGAGAUCAAGAUCGACACAGAGAUCCAGGUGUAUGCCAACCAGAAAGAAGCAGAGGUCGCCGAGGCCAAUGCUGAACUGGCCAUCAUGAAGGCCGAACUGCAGAAGAAGUCAAAGAUAGCAGACAUCGAAUCCGAGAGGACAGCGGCAAUUCGUGAUGCGGAGAUGGAAAAGCAGUUGGAGGUGAAGAAAGCAGAGGCCAAAACGGAAAAGCUUCGCGCGGAGAAACUAGCGAAGGCAAAGGUGGAUUACGAAGCCUCUAUGCAGGUGACAAACUCGGUGCUCUACGAGAAACAGCAGGCAGCCGAAGGAGAGCUGUACACACGCCAGGCACAGGCGAAAGGACAGGAAAGGCUAGCGGAAGCGCAGUUGUAUGUGAAGCAGAAAGAAGCCGAUGCAGCACUCUACUCCAAAAACAAAGAAGCGGAUGCAGCGCUGUACGCCAAACACAAAGAAGCUGAAGGAAUUGUGGUGAUGGCAGAGGCUCAAGCAGCCUACGUUAAGAGCAUGCUGGCGGCCUUCGAAGGGAACUACGCCGCAUUCCACAACUACCUCAUGUUGGAUAGGCGAGUGUAUCAACAAAUGGGCGAAAUCAACGCGGGAGCCGUGAAAGGGCUUCAACCCAAGAUCACUGUUUGGAACACAGGGUCGUCGAGCGACUCAGGAGCGGGCACGGCCCCGAUCGCUGAUCUCUUCAAGAUGAUCCCGCCUCUCUUCUCCACCAUCAAAGAUCAGACUGGGGUGGAGCCAUUGCCGUUCCUUGCCAAGCUUCCCCAAGCCUAACACCGAUUCCCAUGCGAAUUGCUAUUUCAAGGCCUCAAACCUUACCGAAGCGCAAAUCGGGGUUUACUUUGUAGAACACCCGUUGUGUUGCAGGGGCCCAUUGCUGCACCCACCUCCCGUCCCGAGGUACAGAUAUUCUCCAACAUCCCUGGAGGAUUGUUUCGGGGCACUGCAUGGUUUCGGCCGACGCCACCGACACCACCACCACCACCACCACAUUGCUGAAUAGAAUGUAGAGUAUGUUAAUGCCUAAGCUUCACCCAGUGUCGGCCGCUCUGUGAUGGAUCUUGCCGUAGUUUUUCCCACAGCUUGUAGUGUGGGUUUGCUUGCAGUGUACUUAGAAUAUAUUUCAUUUAAGUGUGUGUGUGUGUAUGUGUUUUUUUUUUUUUUUUUUUUUUUUUUUUUUUCUGGAUAAUAAAGAUAAACUCUUGGAAUC